AUGGAGUUCUCUAGAAGUAAUUUGUAUAACAAAGUAUCAAGUAUCAAAAGAACUUUUAGCUUUCAGAAGGGGCAACAAAUGAUUCCAUAUGAAGCUCUUGUAAAAGCAACUGAUGGAUUCAGUGAUAGAAACAAAAUAGGAGCUGGUAGUUGUGGAUCAGUCUAUAGGGGGAUUUUGGAUGAUGGCACAACAGUUGCUGUCAAAGUCCUCAACUUACAGAAUAAGGAAGCUUCCAAGAAUUUUUACACAAAAUGCAAAGUGCUUGGAAGUGUUCGCCGCCAGAAUCUUGUUAGAAUCAUAGAUUAUUGUUCAAUGCUUCAGUUCAAAGCUUUGGUUCUCCAAUUAAUACCCAAUGGAAGCUUGGAAAACCAUCUGUAUCCCAAUGGAGAUAAGGCUGAAACUAAGGGUGUGUAG